UAUCGAUUUGCUUGCCUUGCGGACCAAACUAACCGAACGCAGAAACAUGGAUGCGGCUCGUUUAAAAAAAUAAAGCGCCAUUUGGUCAAGAUGAGCUCAUCUUUAGACGUCAAUGAUCGCCAAAAUGGUGCCACGAAAGUAACCAAAACAAGCUAAAGAGGUGGAAAUGUCGACAAAGAAACUCGCCAAAGAAUUAGGACUGCUGAGGCAGCGUAGCCAGUCGGCCACCGGGCAAAAAAAGCCUCUGCUGUCAAAGCAAACCUUUUCAUACUUGAUCGUCAUUGAUUUUGAGUCCACGUGCUGGCGAGAGAAAAACAACUACACUCAAGAAAUCAUCGAGUUCCCCGCCGUUCUUCUCAACACAUCCACGGGGGAAAUUGAGUCCGAGUUUCACUCGUACGUCCAACCUCAGGAGCGUGCCGUGCUGUCAGCGUUCUGCACCGAGCUAACUGGGAUCACACAGACGCAGGUGGAGGCAGGGGUCCCCCUCCGGAUUUGUCUGUCUCAGUUCGCCCGCUGGCUGCAGAAGCUACGUCUGGAGAAGGGUGUGGCCUUUCCCGCCCGGCAACAGAGCUCCUCCGCUGAAUCUCCCGAACAAAACCUUUGUGCUUUCCUCACGUGGUCGGACUGGGAUCUUGGUGUUUGUCUCCACUAUGAGUGUAAACGCAAGCAGAUCCUCAAACCUAACGCACUAAACAGCUGGAUCGAUCUGAGGAGCACGUACAGGACAUUUUACAGCAGGAAACCCAAAGGUCUGAACGGAGCGCUACAAGAUUUGGGAAUACAGUUUUGUGGCAGAGAACAUUCCGGUCUGGAUGAUGCCAGGAACACGGCCCGGCUGGCAGCGAAGAUGAUGAGUGAUGGAUGCGUGAUGAAGAUCACGAGAAGCUUGGACGGGGCCCCGUCAACAGUUAAACCCACGAUGGCAGUAACCAGCGAAAAACCGCGCGGUCACAAAGACCACCAUAGCACAAAAAAUACAACAACGUCCACAGGAAAUGCCAAUCUGGUCCUAAACCCCGUGGACCAAAAUUCUUUUCGGAGUCUGGUGUCCCCAAGGACAGUUCUUGACAGUAAGACAACACCACCGUGGGGGAUCCGGAACAGCAACAAAAACAACGGCCUCGUUCUGUGCUCCACCAUCAUCGGCGGCCUCGAACCCUCAACGUCAAAUUCUGAAAACGUGGAGGAGUUCUUCGUGGAAAACGAGGACCGAUCCACGUCCGACGACGUGGUUCUAGAGGACUCAGAGGGGCCGCCUGUUUCUGAUGAUCCGGACACACCCUGCAUAUUGAAACCCAAAAGCUUCUUGGUCCGGAAGAGGACGACCACCCGCGACACAAACAUUUUGAGUCCCAGACGCCCCAUCGCGCGUCCAUCCGGGAUCCAAAAUGGCGGCGUCCUUCCCGCGACCAAUCAGAAGAUGACAUCGCCGCUGUGCGACUGCGGACGCCGCGCCAAGCGUCUCCAGGUUUCCAACGGGGGGCCCAACCAGGGCAAGGCGUUCUACUGCUGUUCCGGCCGGCGCUCGGGCGGCGCCGGCGCGGCCAAGAAUAAGGGGUGCCGGUUCUUCAAGUGGGAGUCGGCCCUGAAGGCGAGGUGGUCCCUUUCGUCGGCUCACGUCGGAGCCGCGCGGCCAGCUCGGAAGUCCACGCUCAGGAAAAGCUGGUAAUAUAGUCAAGAUAGACCAGUUGGGGGGAGGUGGGGGGGUCGUUUCUCUUUCCCCAGAACCAAUCAUGAUUAUUAGUAGUCAAGGCGGACGAUAAACGAUAUUUAGAGCCGAUAAUCAUAUCCAGCAAAAGGAAGAAUCGCACCCGAAGUAGACCCCGUGGACGACCCAGGACACGCUCCCCCAAAGAGCUGGCCCAAGUUCUUGGGGGGGGGGGGGGAGUCUGGGAUUCCCUGAUCAAAAUACUCCUCUCGUGACCUGACUUCAAAUAAACAUUAUAGAGAGUAAAUGAAAAUUGUUAAUAGAAAAUAUCACAGGUGUGAAACUCAAGGCCCGGGGGACAGAUCCGGCCCGCCGCAUCAGUUCGGGUGGCCCGCGGGAGCAAAUCAUGGGUAUCAACUCCUGAGAUCCUUGCUAAAAUGUGUACCGAAAUUUUAAAUUGUCUUAUAUAAUUCAUGUCGUUUUUUUUUUUUUUUUUUACAAUGGUUUUAAAUGUAUAUUAAUUAAUUAAUAUUAGAAUAUGUAAAUGAGGCGGCACGGUGGAUCAGCUGGUAAAGCGAUGGCCUCACAGUUGUGAGGUCCCGGUUUCACUCCCGGACCCGCCUGUGUGGAGUUUGCAAGUUCUCCCCGUGCCUGUGUGGGUUUUCUCCGGAAUGUCCGGUUUCCUCGCACAUCCCAAAAACAUGCACCAUUCAUUGGAUGCUCUCAAUUGUCCCAAGGUGUGAUUGUGAGUGCGGCUGUUUGUCUCUAUGUGCCCUGUGAAUGGCUGGCAACCAGUUCAGGGCGUACCCUGCCUACUGCCCGUUGACAGCUCGGAUUGGCUCCAGCACUCCCCGUGACCCUUGUGAGGAUAAGCGGCAAAAGAAAAUGGAUGAUUGGACGUGUAAAUGUUACAUCUUUAAAUGUAAGAAAAUGUUUUUGUUACCAAGUUCCCUUUUUUGUUUUCACAGUAACUGAAUCCUUAACUUCUGAUUUCAGAAUUGAUUAUUCAUCAACAAUAUUUAUGUAUAUUCAACAAUAUGAGGUGAUUAACAAUUUCUCUUAUUUCACAGUCAAAGGGGGCAAUCCAAACUACAAUGUAGGCCGGCUAAAAUGACUUUGACAAUUACUGAGUAUAUCCAUUUUUUUAAAAACUUUUACUUGGACAAGGAUUGUCUGCUUCAGUGGACACUACUGCAAUAUCUGAAUGUUCUGCAAAAAUCAUGAAUACAUGUAAAUGAAAUUUUAUUGACAGCAUGAAAAGAUGAGUGAACAUGUUUUUUUCCCUUCCCUUCUUUCAUCCCACGGAUUUACUCUCAAAACUUGUUUUUAAGUGAAUGAGGCAUCUUUCUGUGACCGAGCAAUCUAUU